GCAGACGGGGCUCAAGCCCUUCAUGGGCUGUGAAUUUGGGUGAGCCUCUCACCUUCCCUGGCCCGGGGUCCCCAGGAGUGUACGUGGUUGGUGGAUGGUUGACUCCAUGGGCUGUCCCGGCCCUGAUACUUUCUGGGUGUGAAGUUCCUCCUCUGAGGAGGGUCACUGUUCUGACCUCACCCUCAUCUUCCUGUUAAAGUCUCCUCUAAGUCUGCAACUUUUAGUUCCUGAGAAAGAACCCCGGGAAAGACAUUUUCUUGGGGAAGCUGGGACUGCCAACACCAGACAUGCUGCUGCUCCUGCUGGCCCUGCUGUGGUGGAGGCAGGGGGCCGAGGGACGGGGUAAGCUGGAAGAGGGUUACCGGCUGCAAGUGCAGGAGUCAGUGACGGUGCAGGAGGGCCUGUGUGUGUUUGUGCCCUGCUCCUUCUCCUACCCUUGGAGUCACUGGAGUAGCUCUACCCCAGCUCGUGGCUACUGGUUCCGGGAGGGGGCCAGAGUAGACCAGGAUGCUCCUGUGGCCACAAACAGCCCAUAUCAAGAAGUGCAGGAGGAGACCCGGGGCCGAUUCCGUCUCCUUGGGGAUCCCCGGAGAUACAACUGCUCCCUGGACAUCAGAGAAGCCAGGAGGACAGAUAAUGGAAAAUACGUUUUUCGAGUGGAGAGAGGAAGUGUGAUAUAUUCUUACACAAGUAACCAGCUCUCUGUGAAUGUGACGGCCCUGACCCACACACCCGACAUCUUCAUCCCGGAGACCCUGGAGUCUGGCCACCCCAGGAACCUGACGUGCUCUGUGCCCUGGGCCUGUGAACAGGGCACGCCCCCCAUCUUCUCCUGGAUGUCGGCUGCCCUCACGUCCCUGGGCCCCAGGACCCAACUCUCCUCAGUGCUCACCCUCACCCCACGGCCCCAGGACCAUGGCACCAGCCUCACCUGUCAGGUGACCUUGCCUAGGGCUGGAGUGACCAGGAUGAGUACCAUCCAUCUCAACGUGUCCUAUUCUCCACAGAACUUGACUGUAACUGUCUUCCAAGGAAACAGCACAGCACCCACAAUCCUGAAGAAUGGCUCAUCUCUUUCAGUCCUGGAGGGCCAGUCCUUGCGCCUGGUCUGUGUUGUCGCCAGCAAUCCCCCAGCCAGGCUGAGCUGGGCCCGUGGGGGCCAGACCCUGAGCCCGUCACAGCCCUCAAACCCUGGGGUCCUGGAGCUGCCCCGGGUGGAGUCGGGGCAUGAGGGUGAAUUCACCUGCCAAGCUCAGCACCCUCGGGGCUCCCUGCACAUCUCCCUGAGCCUGUCUCUGCAGAGAAAAGCGUGGCCUUUAUCAGGAGUGGAGCUGGGGGCCGUGGGGGGAGCAGGUGCUACAGGCCUGCUCUUCCUGUCCUUCUGCAUCAUCGUCAUCAUAGUGAAGACCCACAGGAAGAAAGCAGCCAGGACAGCAGUGGCAUUGAUGACAUCCACCCUGCCAUUGGACCAGCUUCCCCGGUGUUAACUAAGGAUUGUGUGCUGUCCUGAGGGGAGGAUGGUUUAUCCAGGGAUAUCUCCAGUACUUAUGUGGAAUAAUAAAACCAGUCUCAGGGCAUCAUUGGUAAGAAAGCAUUAUUCAC